AUGCCCCCGACAUCCUUGGAAAGCAGCCCCAAACUCAAGAUCGUUCUGGAGACAAGCAAUCAUUUCACCCCCGGCGACAUCAUUAGGGGUCAUGUACUGCGACAGUCCCCUAUCGUCGACCCAAAUGCCUCGGUCUCUCUUCGGCUCUGUGCACGAACCCGGUCCUACACCGCGGUCGGUGGCAUGGGCCGCCAAGAGUUUGCUAGCACGUUCAAGCUUCUCGACAGCUUGCGCGAAGUCCUCGAGAUCCACCAGGGGCCGAUCCAUAUCCCGCCAAAUAGCACCGACAAUAAUCACGGGAGGUGGCCGUUCGCCAUCACCCUGCCUAAGCAUCCUGACUUGGCGUCUCUCAAAAAGGACAAUGAAGAUGAGAAGACUUUUCUUCCUUUUGAGGAAAUCGCAUCUCAGGAUCUGCCUCCUAGUCUGAGUGUGAAGACGGGAAGAACGAGUCCUUAUACCGAAGCGUUUGUGGAGUAUUAUCUAGAGGCAACGAUGCGGUGCACCGGCAGCCAAAAACAUACCUUGGGGAGCAGAAGAAACCAUCGAGAAUUGCAAGCGAUUCUGCCACUCCAAAUUAGCCCAAACUUGCCAUCUAUCUCAAGCACCAACUGUAGCACCCAGCAUCGUUCCGAGCCCAAGCAGAGGCUCGUUUCACAACGCCUAGUGCUAGGCGUGGACUCGCGACUAGGCAUCGGUCAACAUCUACGGAAGAUGAUCAAAUCCUCCCAAGUGCCGGAAUACUCGUUUUCCCUUCAGCUGGACUUUGCCACACUACUACAGAUCGGAAAUCCCAAUCCCAUCCCGUUGCAAUUACGAGCAAACACAAUCUGGGCUGAUACCAGUGACAUUUUACAACCAAUUCUACCUACCAUUCUCGUCAAGCAGUUCAACCUAACUCUAUUAUCGAACGCUCUCUGUACCUCUAAGCGGUUUAAAAAUAUGCGCGUUAGUGGUUUGGAAGGGUUUUCGGUGAAAUCUACCUCAAUCUUGGCAGAUUACACUUCGACUCUGGGUCCGAAGCCCGUGUCCUACGCCAAUGGAACGUCGCCCAAAGCUCAAUCCAAUAUACCGCUGAUGGUGCCGCAAGAUGAUCCAACACCUCUCGAUCUAGGCAUUGCUCUGGGUAUUCGGUCACCCAAGAGCUCUGCAGAGACGAAUGCAUACCCGACAUUUACGACAUGUAAUAUCCAGGCCACCCAUGCGAUCGAAUGGAACAUCACACUCUCUAUCGCGGGGGAGACGAUGAAGUAUCAAGGUCAGCAACCAGUGACGGUGAUGGGACCAAGUAAUAAAGCAUGA